GCCGGCGGGGUUUGGCGGAAGUGGUGCGGGAGCGGCGAGCCGGCAGCGCAGAGAAGCGGCGCAGCGUGGAGGACGGGACGCCAGCGAUGACGCGCUUCGCCCUGACUGUGGUCCGGCAUGGACAAACAAGAUUAAACAAGGAGAAAGUAAUUCAAGGACAAGGAGUAGAUGAGCCUCUUUCAGAAACUGGAUUUAAACAAGCAGCUGCUGCUGGUAUAUUUCUUAAUAAUGUGAAGUUUACUCAUGUUUUCUCCAGUGAUCUCACCAGGACAAAGCAAACAGUGCAUGGGAUUUUGGAGAAGAACAAAUGUUGCCAACAUAUGACAGUGAAGUAUGAUUCAAGACUUCGAGAAAGAGUAAAAAUACGGGUUGCAGAAGGCAAGGGGCUGAGUGAGCUGAGGGCAAUGGCCAAAGAAGCUGGGGAAGAAUGCCCUGGGUUCACACCACCUGGAGGAGAGACCUUAGAUCAGGUGAAGAUGCGUGGAAUAGACUUUUUUGAAUUUCUUUGUCAACUGAUCUGGAAGGAAGCAGAUAAAAAAGAAUCGUGUCCCUUAGAAACUCCAAGCAACUGUCUGGCAACUUCUUUGGCAGAGAUAUUCCCUUUAGGAAAAAGCUGUGCCUCCAAAUUUAAUUCAGACAGCAGCGCUCCAGAAUUAGUAGCCAGUGUCUUAGUAGUGAGUCACGGUGCUUACAUGAAAAGCCUGUUUGGUUAUUUUCUGAAUGACCUUGAGUGUUCCUUACCAGAAACUCUGAGCAAAUCUGAACUUACAUCAGUCAGUGCCAAUACAGGGAUUAGUCUCUUUAUCAUAAACUUUGAGAAAGAAAGAGAAGUUAAACCAACAGUUCAGUGUGUUUGUAUGAACCUGCAGGAGCAUCUAAAAGAAAUGACUGAAACUUGCUAAAUUUAAACUUACACCAAAAUCCUAACAGUUUUGAGCCUUUGAGGGAGGGAGUGCCUUUGACUUUACUUAUUUUCAUCCUCUGCUCUCACUAAAUUGGAAACAGUUUUAAAAAAGCUGUCUAUUUAGAAGGUUUUUAAGUUCAAAUGGAAUCAUAGCCACAUAAAACACUAAUGGAAAACCAUUUAGAACUGAUUUGUCUGAGUACAAUUGGCAUUUUCCAGAGUAUUUUUACUACCUGCUUACUUAUGUCUCUGGAUUGUAAAAGGAGGAAGGAACUCAGUAUUGCAAAUUGGGGGAUUAGUAAUCUGGUUACUCUUUUUUCCCCCCCCCUUUUUAAAAAAUGUUGAUAUUUUCCUUUAAUGUCUGAAAAACCUAGCUUAUUUUAUUGGCUCUCGGUAAGAUACUGUAUGUUUUGUACUAUCUCCAUCCAUACUUGGAAGAAGGGACUAUUUAUAAUUCUCACCGCAUAUUUAUAGUGUCGAUGUUAUAUUUUAAAAGCCCUUAAAUAAAAAAGGCUUACCAUCAAGUUUAUAUAAAGCAAAAUGACACGUUUUCAAUAUAGAAAUCAAUGGUUGGAAUUGUUCCCUCUAGAGCAGCGGUUCUCAACCUGUGGGUCGCGACCCCUUUGGCGGUCAAAUGACCCUUUCACAGGGGUCGCCUAAGACCAUCCUGCAUAUCAGAUAUUUACAUUACGAUUCAUGAUAGUAGCAACAUUACAGUUAUGAAGUAGCAACGAAAAUAAUUUUAUGGUUGGGUCACAACAUGAGGAACUGUAUUUAAAGGGCCAGAAGGUUGAGAACCAUGCUCUAGAGGGUUUGAAAUGUGGGUGAAUGCAGAAGUUCUUGUCUAAUAUGUAGGCUGAGAAUUCAGUUUGAGAAAGGCUGUAAAGAAAGUAGAGUUACCAGGGUGCUGCACAGUAGCCUCAGAAUAAAAGUGGGUGCUUCGUUGAAAAAGAAAAACUGUACUCUGAGAACUGCAAAUGUGGGGGUUUUGUGGAAGGCACGCAUGAGAUUGCCUCUUUUUUCCCACCAGGUGGCACUGGAGAAAAGGGAUUUUGGUUAACUUAAUUUCAAGCAUAUGAUUGGACCCUCAAAAAUUCUUAUCUAUCCCAGGCCUUUGGGGUUUAGGUGGAGGGGGAGCAAAAGAGGAAAUGGGGAGACAUCUGUAAUAUUAUCAACAAUAAAAUAAAUAAGCAAACAAAAAAUCCGUAUCUAAAUGAAGAAGUGCUUUACACGUAGUCUACUCUUCAGUGUGCAUGUUGAUGAAUGCUCUGGGUCUCAGCUUAGAAAAGAAUUAAGCCCUAGCUGGUUUGGCUCUGGAUAGAGCCUGCCCACUGAAGGGUCCAGGGUUUGAAUCCGGUCAAGGACACAUGCCCAGGUUGCGGGCUUGAGCCCCGGUAGGAAGUGUGAUUCAUCAAUGUUUCUAUCUCUCCCUCUCUGAAAUCAAUAAAAAUACAUAAAGAAAAAGAAAAGAAUGCUGAAGUUUGUCAGUUAAGGCUAAAAUGAUGUAUGGUCAGCUUUUACUUUGAACAUCAUUGAAAUGUAUGAAGUUUAGCAUUCUGCUGGGCUCCAGCAGUUUUCCUACCAGUAUUGGAACAGCACAGUUGAACACCAGGGGAAGUGCGCUGCAAAUGAAAAUUUGACAAAGUAACCAAAAAGUACAAAUAACAGAUGCCUACAUUUCCAUCACCCAAAAGUAAUGCACCCCCUUUUAAGAUAUAUUGUGAUGUAAGUCAAAUUCCUUAUGUAACCAAUUCUCAGUCCUGUUCCCCUCUGUACUCUACAGAGGCAACCACCACAAUGAAUCUAUGUAUUCACCCAUUCUUUACAUCUUUACCUGGUAUAGGGAAAUAAUAUUGUUUUGGUGUCAAAAAUGUACAUAAAUAUCUUCAAGCUGUCUGUAUCCUUUAUUUUCACUCACUGUGUCUGGGGGCUCUAUUUUGAUUUGUAUAAUCUCCUUAUAACCACUGUAUUCUGCUGAAUAAAUAUGCACGUUUUGUGUUGUCUCUAUUAGUGG